AUGGCUUUCUCAGCGACAGCUUCGCGUCUCAUCCCCAUCCUCCUCCUCCUCGUUUUUCUCGCCCUAUCCAUCUCCGCCACGGCUAGACCUUGCAGAACCACCUUUGUCUCCUCCUACUCUGUCUCAUUUAGGCUCCAUUCCUCCGCCGCAACCCUCACCACCUUCAAAGAGAUCAGAUCCUUCGUCCCCCUGGACGUCGUCGGAAAUAACGACAAUAACUAUGAUAAUCCCUCUCUUGCGGCUGAGAUCUUCUUCGAUGGCGCCCUCUCGGGCCGCCGCUUCGAGGAGGACGAAAAUGAGACUGAAAUUGAGCCAUGGCGGUCACAUAUGAGAGCCCCCUUCGGAUUUUCGUCCCAUAAUUCCAGCUCGUUCCGUGAUCGCACUAAGGACAUUGUGAGCGUUGUUCUGGCGCUACUCUUCGGCGUCGCAGGUGGGGCUCUCACUGCGAUAGGUUUGUACUUAAUAUGGUCUGUGUUAUCUGACCGCUAUUAUUAUCGCGAUUCUUACGAUAAUUAUGUCGAUGAUGACGAAGAAAUCGAUAGCCCUAAGAAAACGGGGUACGUGAAGAUUCCGGCCUUUGAAUCUGCGCCUGCACCAGCCAAGGAAUCGGUAUGAAUUG